AUGGCUGCAUCGCGAAGGGGGCAGCCGCCCUUGUCUGUCCGCCUGCCUGCCGGCCCCAACAUUCUCCCUGACCUACCACCCAUCUCCGCCCUGUUCCUGAUCGACUUUGAUGUAAAGGCUGGCUACACCAUCACCUGGAAGCGCGCUGUGCCGGGCCUCGAACUAGAAGGCGUCGUUGAAUACAAGAGCUUGCCGUCCGGUCUGCAUGCUGUUCCAGAUGACUUGAUAUACUUCGUCCACGAUGAAGGCUAUGCUGGACUGAGCGCCUUCGUCAAUAAGCCCACCGAUGACGAGGAGAGCCGCCAUGCGCGCAUGAUCGCCGUCGGUGUGCUCGUCCCCUUGAGCUACGGGCGGCUGGGCCGAGCAUGGAGACACGCCGAGGGCCUGAAAGAGAUGGUUGCACAACUGGUCGCGGAUAAGAAGCAGACCAAGAACCUUGAGCGAUAUUGGGAGACGAAUGGUGCCAAAGAAACCCCUGCGCAGCAGCAGCCCUCCGACUCGCCGCUGAGCUCUCCCUCGGUCACUUUUGCUCCAUCGCGGCCAGCCUCUGGCAAGGGUCAUACUAGGAAGAGAUCCGCCUCUGACGGCACGGCGUUGAUUCCUCCGGGCCACAGGCUGUCGCCGUUCCAUCCCGCCUGGAGCUUGACGGCAUUGCUCGAUACCUUUGGCCCAUUGAUAUUCCCCAUCCACAGAGCCGCCUUGCUUCGCAAGCGAAUCUUGAUCUCGACACAUGCACCGGUGCACGAGGCGUGUAAUUUUGUGUAUAAUAUUUCUAUUCUUGCUAAUAUUCCCCUGUCGGUUCUUGAUCUUCUCGAAACAUCUGCUCCGGCGCAGCGCAUGCGGCCGCUAUUCACCAUCGGUGUCCACGAUAUCCCUUUCUUGCUCGAAGACAAGGCUGCCUCCAAACGGCGAGACUCAGCGGACACGGGUAUGGCAGAUGAUGCCUCGUCGGGCUGGAUAGCGUGCACUACUGAUAGCAUCCUGGCCUCCAAGGAUGACUUGUGGGACGUCCUGAUCACCAUGCCACCGGCACAUUCAGCCAACGCCAAGGAAAGAGUCUGGCCAUCCGUGGAACGGCCGAAGGGGGUAGUAGUGAAAGCAACGCAGCGAGAUCUACGCCGCUUCAAGACUCUCAAGUCCGGCCUGGCGCGGCUUUCGAGCGGAGCAGCCCUGGAGACAAAUGCCACAUCGUCGGAGCGCGAGCCUGCAAAUACUCACCGGGCGCGACCGUCCACCUCGUCUGGCCUCAGCACCUUUGCGUCUGACGACGACGACGCAGUCAUGAUUGCGGAUGCUUCUGAGAAGCUCAUUGAGCCAUCGACAUGGGCCGCCCUCGCCUACAGCGGCUUCAUGUGGUGGGCGAGCGCAGGGGAACAGCGCCGGACAGAAGAGGCCGAGGAAUCGGCCCACGAUGCGCUCCUGCUCGCAGACCUGGCGCCGUCGAUGCCGCAGAGGAGCAGCAUCAUGAGCCUCUCGAGCGGCGGAGCGCUAGUCGAUUCCGUGUCGUCCCUCACGGCCCGACGGACAACAGAAGGCGGCGCCGAUGAGGCGCAAGACGAGGAGGAGCGCGCGCAGACGGAGCUGGCCAUCAUCGCCUACUUUCACCGGCUGACGACGCAGCUCUUCUCCGUCCUGUCCGACAUCGUAGAGAGCUCCGACGAGGACGACGAGCUGGAGAUGAGCCCCGCCGCCGCCGCGGGCGACGGCGCGGACAGCCCCGAGGACUCUGCGCUGCUGUCGGACGGCGGCGGCGGCGAGGACGAGUCGGACCUGCUGCACCCCUGCCGGGUGCGCGUCGACAGCGACGCGCUGAACAACAUGGGCCUGGACGUGUGGAGCCACGAGGACGCUGCGUUUGUCCGAGAGCUGACGGCUAGGUACUUCCUCCGGAGGGCGUACGUCGAAGGCAAGGGGGUGGAGGUCUGCGGCGUCCGCGUCUGUUGA